AUGCCGUACUCGCAGAUGUUUCCACAGUACCAGGACUCCACGUACGAGAACCAACCACAACAAUGGGAUGAAGUCGACUUCACGACCAUCCCGCCCUCGGGCGAUAACUACAACAAACCGAUGAAUGAUGCAUCUUUCUACGAUAUCAACAAUGUACCCUCCGACAUUCAGAACCCUCCUUCACCCAAUUUCUCACAGUUCUUAAACUUUGACACCUCAGAUGUCGGCUCAUACUCGAUACCCAGCGAAGAAGUCUCCCCGGACAAUGUCUACAGGACAUCGCCGAACCCUCUGGAUCCCACCCAGCAGUUGACCAACCCCCCAUUGAAGAUCGAACCUGGUCUCAACCAGAACGAAUUCUACCCUUGUGGUCUUACCAAUGUCCAAGGAGAAGACUGCUUGCCCCAACAGGCCCUCCAACAGGCAGGACCCGAAUCCGCCUGUGUGCAAAUGGCUGGACUUCCGGAAAUCGAAGAUUGCAACGCAGCGUCCUGUGUUGCCGUUGACCCCAACUCGUUAAGUACGCAAAACUAUGGUCUACGCCAGACCAGGUCUUACUCUGGUGAUGCCGGUCGUCCGGCUGCGAAAGUCAAAGGGGAGCGAGGAGAGAAGAAACCUCGGGGCAAACGUGGCAACAAGGCCUCGUCGAGCGAGGACGAGUCUGCCCAGCUUCGUGCCAAGCAAGCUCACUCGGUGGUUGAGCGACGGUAUCGUGACAACCUGAAUGGCAAGAUCAUGCAAUUGCACCGGGCUUUGAUUGCGGCAGAGUCGACGUCUCGCCUGAACGGAAAGCCAACACAGGACUUCUUCGCUUCCCGGGAACAUCGGGCCAAAGUUCGCAAGUCCGACGUCAUGACGGAUGCAAUGAACUAUGUACAUCAGUCCGAGGUUGAAAUGCGGCACAUGUCGGAUGAGAUCACUCGGCUGAACGACCGGGUUCGAGCCUUGGAGAAGCUUGUCAAAUGCGAGGACUGCACCCUUCUCAAGCAGAUGGUGCGGCUGCAGAUUCAGCAGCAGCAACAUCAGCAACAUCAUCAUCAAGCGCAGCAGCAGCAUCAACAACAACAGCUCCAACACCAACAGCAGCCGCCGCAACUGCAGCCGCAGCAACAGCAACAGCCACAGCAGCAAUUCCCGCCACAAUAA